GCGUUGCGCAGUGAGCAGAGUACAGCCGUCCGCCAUCACUGCAUACAAGCUAACAUUAGCCCAAAAAAACAACCCACAGAGAAGAGAAGAAGAGAAGAGAGAGAGAGCAGAGUGACAACAACAUAACAGACAUACAAGAGACCGACCUAAUUCCUGCUGAAAGGAGGGGGGAGGUCACUGAGUUCCCCUUAAAGCCGCUUUCCUUUAGGCGUAGAAAACAAACCAGCCUUUCAUGUAGUCUCUUUAAGUCAACUUUUAGAAACGAAAGUCGUUCUAACUUAAUCAUGUCCAACCUCAAAGGCGGCACCAAGAAGGACACCAAGAUGAGGAUACGAGCCUUUCCUAUGACAAUGGAUGAGAAGUAUGUGAACAACAUCUGGGACCUUCUAAAGAAUGCCAUCCAGGAGAUUCAGAGGAAGAACAACAGUGGGUUAAGCUUUGAGGAGCUGUACAGGAACGCCUACACCAUGGUGCUCCACAAGCAUGGGGAGAAGCUCUACACAGGCCUGAGGGAGGUCGUCACAGAGCACCUCAUCAACAAAGUACGAGAAGAUGUCUUAAACUCUCUAAAUAAUAACUUUCUGCAAACACUGAAUCAGGCCUGGAAUGACCAUCAGACUGCCAUGGUUAUGAUCAGAGACAUCCUCAUGUACAUGGACCGGGUCUAUGUUCAACAGAACAAUGUGGAGAAUGUGUACAACCUCGGCCUCAUCAUAUUCAGGGACCAGGUGGUGCGCUACGGAUGCAUUCGAGACCACCUACGGCAGACGUUACUGGACAUGAUUGCUCGUGAGAGGAAGGGAGAGGUUGUAGACAGGGGCGCCAUCAGAAACGCCUGCCAGAUGCUGAUGAUUCUCGGCCUGGACGGCAGGUCUGUUUAUGAGGAGGACUUUGAGGGUCCUUUCUUAGAUAUGUCAGCAGAAUUCUUCCAGAUGGAGAGCCAAAAGUUCCUAGCAGAAAACAGUGCCAGUGUCUACAUUAAGAAGGUAGAGGCCAGAAUCAAUGAAGAGAUCGAGCGAGUGAUGCACUGCCUGGACAAGUCUACAGAGGAGCCCAUCGUCAAGGUGGUGGAAAGGGAGCUCAUCUCUAAACACAUGAAGACCAUUGUGGAGAUGGAGAACUCUGGCCUCGUCCAUAUGCUCAAGAACGGCAAGACAGAAGACCUGGCAUGCAUGUACAAGCUGUUCAGUCGUGUGCCAAAUGGCCUGAAAACGAUGUGCGAGUGUAUGAGCUCUUACUUGAGGGAGCAAGGCAAAGCUCUGGUGUCAGAAGAGGGAGAGGGCAAGAACCCUGUCGACUAUAUCCAGGGCCUGCUAGACCUGAAGACACGAUUCGAUCGUUUCCUCCUCGAGUCUUUCAACAAUGACAGACUCUUCAAACAAACCAUCGCAGGAGACUUUGAGUACUUCCUCAACCUCAACUCCCGUUCACCAGAGUACCUAUCGCUCUUUAUUGAUGACAAGCUCAAGAAGGGUGUCAAAGGGUUGACAGAACAGGAGGUAGAGUCGAUCCUUGACAAGGCCAUGGUGUUGUUCCGGUUUAUGCAAGAGAAGGAUGUGUUUGAAAGGUACUACAAGCAGCAUCUGGGCCGCAGGCUCCUCAGCAACAAGAGUGUCUCAGACGAUUCAGAGAAGAACAUGAUCUCUAAGCUCAAGACAGAAUGUGGCUGUCAGUUCACCUCGAAACUGGAAGGGAUGUUCAGAGACAUGAGCAUCUCUAACACUACCAUGGAUGAGUUCAGGCAACACAUACAAACCACGUCGGCGUCUCUAAGUGGUGUGGACCUCACAGUAAGAGUCCUCACUACUGGCUACUGGCCUACACAGUCGGCAACACCUAAAUGCACCAUCCCUCCCUCUCCCAGACACGCCUUUGAAGUCUUUAGAAGGUUUUACCUCGCUAAGCACAGUGGUAGGCAGCUCACACUGCAGCACCAUAUGGGCGGGGCAGACCUAAACGCAACUUUCUACGGAACUAUUAAAAAGCAGGAGGAUGGCUCAGAGGUGGGUGUGGGAGGCGCUCAGGUGACGGGCUCUAACACCCGGAAGCACAUACUGCAGGUCUCCACCUUCCAGAUGACCAUCCUCAUGCUCUUCAACAACAGAGAAAAGUGCACUUUCGAGGAGAUCCAGCAGGAGACAGAUAUUCCUGAGCGGGAGUUAGUGCGAGCGUUGCAGUCUUUGGCCUGUGGGAAGCCGACACAGAGAGUUCUCACCAAGGAGCCAAAGUCUAAGGAGAUUGAGAGCGGCCACGUGUUUACAGUUAAUGAUCAGUUUACUUCCAAACUGCACAGAGUCAAAAUACAGACAGUUGCUGCUAAACAAGGGGAAUCAGACCCUGAAAGGAAAGAGACGCGGCAGAAAGUGGAUGAUGACAGGAAGCAUGAGAUUGAGGCAGCCAUCGUCCGAAUCAUGAAGUCGAGGAAGAAGAUGCAGCACAAUGUCCUGGUGGCGGAGGUAACUCAGCAGCUCCGGGCACGUUUUCUUCCGAGCCCUGUCGUAAUUAAAAAGCGUAUAGAAGGACUAAUAGAAAGAGAAUACUUGGCAAGGACGCCAGAAGAUCGCAAAGUGUACACCUACGUUGCAUAGAAGAUGAACUGUGGAGGAGAGGAGGAAGAGACUGGACGGGGGGGGGAUGGGAUUUGUUUGUUUUCUUUGGACUGUUGUUACGCAUGGACUGGAAGUUUCUUUUAAAGACAAAUGCUGGGAACCUGAUUCAUCCUCCCUUACAAAAACACAGUAAACACACAGUAAACGGGGAAUAAAAUGUCGGCGCAGAAAUAAAAUCCAUCAAAACUUGUAGGUGAUUUUUAAAUCAGGCCCAGUCUUCCUAUUCCCUGUGAGUUUUAACAUGGAUGGAUCCAGCUUCAAGCUUUUCACUGUUUUACCCUUGUAGAGAUCAAACUUGCAAAGAAUCCCUUGGGAAAAUGUGAAUGCACCACAUUAUUUUUUUGUUUCAAUACUGUAUAAAAAUAAUAAAAUUAUUAAAAACAGCAAAUGUGGAUUGUUACAAAACCAAAAUAAAAAUAAGUAUUGAUGCUCUGUA